AUGGCUCAACCCUCCGGCUCCCCUCAUCUCCAAGUCCCCGACUUUGAGCAGACAAACAUCUCCGAACAACUCUUCAUCACCGCACCUGAGAUGUCAGAAUCCAUCCAAAAUGUCUCCACCCCCCGAAACUCAUCUCUCAAUCCCCACUCCACCCCCCAAAACCGCACCACAUCCACCGAAACCAUUCCUCUCUACCUCCACCCCCCUCAUCGCUUUUCCUUCCCUCAACAAUCCUCCCGCUUCUCCGAAGACUUCUCCUCUUCCGAAUCUACCCACCACAACUCCAACCACCACUCCCGCUCCACCUUCUACACCCUGACCAAGACUCCCUCCCCCCAUCCUAACCCCCACGACCCCGAAUCCCCCUCGCCCAAAAACGAAACCACAACCCACACCUCCUCUCCACCCCAACCCAUCCAUUUCCGCUCCAUGACCUGGCUCCACUGCGCCUUCAUCAUGAUCGCCGAAACCAUCUCUCUCGGUAUCCUCGCUCUCCCUUCCGUUCUCUCAACCAUCGGUCUCAUUCCCGGUAUGAUCCUCAUCAUCCUCAUGGGAAUCCUAGCCUGGUAUUCUGGCCUGCUCAUCCAUCGUUUCCGCACCGCCUAUCCAACAAUUAUCUCCUGGGCAGAUGCAUGUUCCAUCCUCCUCACACCAUUUGGAAUUCCAAAUGUGGGAAGAGAAAUUGCGGGGAUGGCGCAAAUACUGUUUUUGCUGUUUCUAAUGGCCAGUCAUAUACUUACGUGGAUUAUUUGUUUGGAUACGUUGACGGGUGGGAAGGUAUGCAAUAUUGUGUGGGGAGUGGUGGGGAUGGGGAUUUUUUGGAUUCUGGAUUUGCCGAGGACGUGUAGGGGGUUGAGUUGGUUGAGUAUUGUUUCAUUCGCAAGUAUCGGAACCGCAGUCAUCGUCACCAUGAUAUCCGUCGGCGUGCGAGCACCCGCCAAGAAAACUUACUCCUUAUGGCCUCAAAAAGAUCUUUCUCUUCGCGAAGCCUUUUUAAGUGUAACGAAUAUUGUAUUCGCUUAUGCCGGGCACAUCGCCUUCUUCACCUUCAUCUCGGAGCUACGCACCCCCUCGGACUUCCCAAAGUCCCUCGCCACCCUGCAAACCAUCGAAAUAGCCCUAUACCUCCUCUCCUCCAUCCUCACCUACAUCUACACCGGAUCCUCUGUUUCCUCUCCGGCACUCCUCUCCGCCGGUCCUCUUCUGUCCAAAAUCGCAUUCGGAAUCGCCAUUCCUACCAUCGUGAUCGCAGGGGUGAUUUUUGGUCAUGUAGCAUCCAAGUACAUCUUCCUGCGCAUUUUCGCCGGGACGACGCAUGCGGAAACGAGGACCAAGAGGGGAUUACUCGCCUGGUUGGGGAUUACGGGGGGAGUGUGGGUGUUGGCUUGGGUGAUUGGGGAGAGUGUGCCGGGGUUUAAUGAGUUGUUGGGGUUGGUGAGUAGUUUGUUUGCGAGCUGGUUUACGUACGGGUUGCCGGGGGUGAUGGGGUUGUGGUUGCAGUGGAGGAAUGGGGGUAGAGGAGGAAAAUGGGGGAGAUGGGGAAUAUGGGGAGGAUUGCUGGCUAGUGGGUUGUUGGUGGGUGUGGCAGCGGUGCUUUGUGGAAUGGGGGUUUGGGCUAGUGGAGUGGGGAUUAGGGAGACGAGUCAGAAGGGAGGGAGUUGGAGUUGUGGAAAUUAA